UAAAGGGUCGCGGCCCUCCCAAACCACCGCAUCUCACCUGUGUUCUCUCCCCUACCACACCUGAGCAGCGAAAGGUACGAAAUUCAGCGCCACGCAGCCACCACUGCCAUGACGCCACGCACGACUUGCCGCGGAACCACCUCGCACUUCCUCCACGACCCAUGAUUCACCUCAAUUGUACGACUUCUGACUGAGACGCGGCUGUGACUCAUGUACGACUCGACUCGCCUCGAAUGUAUGACUUCUGACUGAGACACGACUCACAGCCCCUCAAGACACCUGCAGCAUGAGUCACAUUAACUCCUGGACAGGAGAUGAAGGCGACGGUGCUACUGCUGAUGGCAGGCGUGGUGCUCGCAGCGGCGGAAAAGAAGGAUAAGACGUCUGAUGGAAGCAAAGCCAAUGCGAGGUUUCUCGGCCUCGGGGGAUCCCACGGAGUCAGUUCUGGACUGAGCGUACAACACGGAGUGGGAUUAGGCGGCCACCAUGGAGGAGUCGGCGCACACCAAGGGGCAGGAAUCAGCUCUCACCUUGGACUUGGUGGUGUGGGAAUCAGCAGUUCAUUCGGUUUAGGAGGAGUUGGAGGGCAUGGGCCCAUUCUGGGAGGACAUGGACCAGGAGGACAUGGUUUUGGAGGCCAUGGGUUAGGUCAUGGACCAGGACAUGGUUUUGGAGGCCAUGGGUUGGGACAUGGACCAGGAGGACAUGGUUUUGGAGGCCAUGGGUUAGGUCAUGGGCAUGGACAUGGACUGGGAGGCAUUGGGUUCCCAUCACCCGUGGCCCCGCCCAGCACAUGCCGCUACUGGUGCAAGACGCCCAAGGGCCAGGCCUACUGCUGCGAGGACAGCAACCAGGCCCCGAGCUUCGCUGGCGUGGUGAAGCCCGGAGUGUGUCCCGCGGUGCGCCCCGUCUGCCCCAACACUCGCAGCUUCCAGCCUCCUGCAACCUGCUCUAAUGAUGGCGGCUGCGGCGGCUACGACAAGUGUUGCUUCGACACUUGCCUGCAGGAACACGUGUGCAAACCCCCGAUACAGUUCGGCUGAGUGAACCUGCUUACCAACGCCCCACUCCUCUCCUUACUGAGAUUCUCUUUGCUCUUCAGAGAGUGAGGCAGUUUGCCUCUACCUCUGCCUCUACAAAUAUUUAUUUGUACAUUUUCAUUAGGCAUUAAAGUGAUUAAACGAUAUAAUUCUGUUUUG